GUUUGUUGAGGACCAACUGGCAGAAAGAUCAGGGCACUGUGCAACUCAGAGGGGAGCUCUGUGGUGAUGUUCAUGUACACAUGCUCUGCUGGUCCCCCUCUCUCUUUCUUUUACUGUUUCCCUGUGCUGCUCCAAAAUGGCCAGAUCCAUUCAGCUCCAUUUCAGACAGAACCUCUGUUUAUGUGGCUUCUCUCUCACCUCCCUGCCUUUUUAUUUUUCUGUUUUUAAAUCAGUUUCACAGAGUAUUAGUAGAGUCAGGAAACUCAAACGUCAACAUCAGGAUCUGACCGAGUCACCCGGUUUCUCGGCUCCUGGACAUGAUCAGAUUCAAACAUGGCAUUGAACAGCGCUGUUCACAGUGAGGAGAAACGGUACCUGUGCUCUGUAUGCGGGCAGGCCUACAGCCGAUGGUCUGGACUGUGGAAACAUGAGCACAGUCACACACAGGGGAAGCCGUGGAAGUGCGAUGACUGCGGGAAAGCGUUCGGUUACCCGUCGGACCUGGAAGCUCACCGGCGCUGCCACACCGGGGAGAAGCCGUUCUCCUGCUCGACGUGCGGGAAGGCUUUCGCUGGGUCAUCCACCCUGGUGAUCCACCAGCGGCUUCACACAGGGGAGAGGCCGUUCACCUGUUCCGACUGCGGGAAGCGGUUCACUCGGUCGUACAACCUGCAGGAACACCGGCGGGUUCACACAGGGGAGAGGCCGUUCACCUGCUCUGACUGUGGCAAGGCGUUCACUUGCUCAUCCAACCUGAAGAACCACCGGCGAGCUCACACCGGGGAGAGGCCGUACUCCUGCUCCGAGUGCGGGAAGGCAUUCACUCGGUCGGUCAACCUGCAAAAACACCAGCGGACCCACACGAACAAAUGUCGUAAAAUUGCCGGGGCACUAGGACCCUGCUGCAAACAACCUCUUGUCCCGCCCAUGUUCAUUUACGUCACCAGACUCGUAACGCAUGCGGGUUGCUCCCCGCGAACCAAGAUGGCGGCGGCUCGCCAAAACUUAGUCCUGGCGUCAGACCGCAGUGUCGCAAAAAUGGGACCUGCAGAGAUGGGGAUCUUCGGUUAUGAAGAUCAAUUGGAGAAGAUCAUACUGUUUGUCAAGGGGAAGUGUAGGCUGAGAGGAGAUGUGAUUGAACUGUUCACAAUCAUUGAACAACGUUGGAUCUUGAGCAUGGAAGGGGAAAGCACUGUUCACAGCGGGGAGAAACUGUUCACCUGCUCUGUGUGCGGGCGAGACUUCGGCCGAUCAUCUGCCCUAUCGCGACACAAGCUCUGCCACACCGGUGAGAAACCGUGGAAAUGUGGGGACUGCGGGAAAGGAUUCAAUUAUCCAGUUGAGCUGGAAUCUCAUCGGCGCAGUCACACCGGGGAGAAACCAUUCACCUGCUCUGAGUGCGGGAAGGGAUUCACCCUGUCGUGCAACCUGUUGGCGCACCAGCGGGUUCACUCUGACGAGAGGCCUUUUAAAUGCCCGGACUGUGCCAAGUGCUUCAAAAGUGCCGGGGAGCUGAUGCGACAUGAGCGCAUCCACACCGAUGAGAGGCCGUUCCGAUGCUCCGACUGCGGGACCGGGUUCAAGCAGUUAUCUGACCUCACUGUCCACCAGCGGGUUCAUACCGGGGAGAAGCCCUUCACCUGCCCUGACUGUGGGAAAGGAUUCACCCAGCUGGCGAACCUGCUGACCCACCAGCGCAUCCACACCGGGGAGAGGCCGUUCACCUGCUCGGUGUGUGGGAAGGGGUUCACUACCUUAUCCAACCAGCUGGAACACCAGCGAGUUCACACCGGGGAGAGGCCAUUCACCUGCUCCGUGUGUAAGAAGGGGUUCGCUCACUCAUCCACCCUGCUGAGACACCAGCGGGUUCACAAGUAAACCACUGUGAUCGGAUUAAUCACAUCCAGGACUGGAAACAUUAUCACCGUGGUUUGUUUCUGCUGAUGUUAAUUCCAAAAACUGAACUGGAGUUUAGUAAUAUUCUGGAUAAAAGUCAAAAUAAAUAAUUUCAAACAUUUUAAAGA